UUUGUUUGUGUACAUUUGGCGCGCCGGUUCAUUUCGUUGAAAUUUCAAAUUGUGAGAUUUAAAUUAAUUUCUACUUUUUAUUUCAAACAAGGGCUCGCGAUGAAGUUCCGCGCCGUCAUCACGGACAGUGUCCACAUGCGGGAGCUGCUGAACGUCGUGACGAUCUUUUCCCGCAUCAACAAAAACCUUAUCAUCAACAUCCAACCGGCGAAGGUCAUAAUCCAGAUCGAAACGGAAGUCGAGGCGAGCCAGUGCCUGUGGUGCGAGAUAGACGCUGGCGAGCAAGGCCAGGGUUACUUCUCCGAGUACGUGAUGGACGGCGUGGACAAGGACAACCACAACCAGAUUUAUUUGGCAGUGGUCGCUGCGCACAUGGUACGGGCCCUUUCGUAUCUCCGGAACAACGCGGUAGAUUAUCUAAAGUUCAAGCUAGUCAAGCAGGAUCGGCCCUGUUUGGCGGUGGAGUUUAGCGGAACGUCGCACAACGACAGCGACAUAAUGUGUCCAAAGUUGCAGCACGACAUUCCGGUCACGAUCGCUCCGCGGAGCGAGUGGCGGAACUUUGAGCUGCCGUUUGACACGGUGUACGAUCUGACGAUGCUGCUGCCGACGGUUAAGUCGCUGCGGGGAUUGCUGGACAAGAAGAAGAAUAUUUCUCCGUCGGUUACGAUUUAUGCCACGCUUGCGGGGGAACUUUCGCUGGUGGUUGAGACGGACAUUGUGACGGUGGCUAGUCACUAUCGGGGGUUAAAGUGCAGCCGGGCGCGGCCACCGGACGAGGAGGAUAGCGAGGCGGAACCGCUGACGGAGGCGGCCUGCAAGGUGGACGCCAAGAAACUGGCCACGUUGUUUGAGAGUGUCAACUUUUGCGACAUGAAGAUGAUUGCGAACAUUAAGAACGAUCAUUUGUUUAACGUUAAGUUUGAGAUUAAGAACAACGUAUUUAUUAAUUUCAUUUUGCCGGCGGUUGAUUUUGAAUGAAGCUCAAUAAAAUGUGUAAUAUUUGCUUACC